UGCUACCCGAACCGUGCUGGCAAUCUCGCGUCGACACUGCAAGGCUGUACAGCCUCACAGAGCCCCUCAAUCGGACUAGAUCUCAUCCUUCUGCAAUAGUCCUACUGGAUUAGGCAGACAAGGAUGCGAGAUUCGGAAUCGCGGCAUUAAUCUUCAGCGAGGCGAAGAGUGGGGGUCAAUCAUAUGCUAAUGCAAAUGACAUACGAGAAUAAUCAGAAGACCCAUUCCUUCCUUCUCCUUUUCGACCGGUCAGAAUGGGUCGAUAGCCAUCAGACCAGGCAGGUUGCCGUGUUUUCUUCGUAUUUCAAUCGUCUAAUCUCACUUUCUCUCUCCUUGUCUUCUCUCUCUGUCGCUCUUGUCGGUCAUUCUUUAUCCUUCAUUCUUUACUCGUCACUCUUUACCUGUCUCCUUGUUUAUCACACUCGUUCAGACAUUUGUCACUACCAAGAUGAAGAUAUUUAACCUGCUUCUCCUCUGGUGCUCCGUCCUCUUCACCAAUGUCCUGGCUGACAAUGAGUCUAUUGCAAAUGAGUUAAUUUACUUUUACUAUGUCUACAAGAUGGAGUUCCUAUCCGGGGCCACCAAAACAAUGGCCGUCGACUGCGAAGGAAGUGCGCAUGGAGGAAUGUGCUAUUUUGACGAAUUUGUCGAGCACCUCAUCGAGGAUCGGUGGCUGAACGUAUAUGAUCCCCUCCCUGGCGAUCACACUAUAACCCCCGGUGAUGCCCAAAUCCCCAGACUUGAACGGAACCUGCCCUCAUCGGCCCGCUACAAGCUGAGCAGCUUGUUGAGUACCCUCAAUGGCGAGACGGCGUUUCCCAUUGUACUUCAAAAAGUUCUGCAUGCCGCCAACGAGGCCUUUGAGGCUGCUGAAGACAACGAUGUAACCCUGGCGACGUCGGAUAUCAACGCGGCAGUUGACAACGCCCGAGCUGCCAAGGAGGCCCGCAACCGGGCCAUCUUCGAUCUUCAACAAGAUGCCCUCUCCCGAAGACUCGAUGCCGCAAUCGUGGACUAUGUUCAAUCAACUGCCUCGGGAUUCAAGUGGCCUCAGACAUUUCAGGCAAUCGACGACGCGGUUGACGACGGGGAGCUCGACAAGGCAACGGCGAAAGACUACAAAAGCCAGCUCCGAACGUUUUCCAAGUCCUAUGAGCAUGAUAUCAUUAGUAGUGUCACCUCGGAAAUGACUCAUUUGGAUGUUGUACGGAGCUUUGCGACCUCGAUCACUCGCUACACGCGGGUCAUGGAGGAUAGGGAACCUGGAUCGACGGGUCUUGAUGCGUCGUCUUCUUCCUCGGAAUGUUCGGACGAGUUCAGUUCGGAUUCCACUUCUUCAGAUGAGUCGUCAUCUUCUUCAGGUGGCUCGUCGUCAUCGUGAUUGUCCUAGAUCAUGGUUUGGUUGAAAUAUUGUGGAUAGGCGAGAUUGAUCGGUCUGGACUGAACAGUGGUGUUGUACUCACUUUCGUGAAGGAUAGGAAGUGUAUAUUUGAUAUAGACCAUGCAAAUAUGAGUCUUUGUAUACAGCAUGGAGGUAUCAAUUCCAUGGUCUACUGUAGUGG